GGGCAAGCGCUCACGUGAGAGGCGGGGGGCGCUCCGCGGCGCCAUCUUUGUGCGGGGCGCGUCCAGCGCCGGUGCUGCUGCAGCCACGGCCCCGGGUGGUUCUCGGAGUGGGGAGGAACCGCAGCGUUCGCCAUCGGCGUGAGGCCCCGAGCGCCGCUACAGGAUCUCAGAAAAUACAGCUUUGGAAAUGUCGUCCCCCGGCAGCAAUUGCCCGCACUUGGAAUCGGUUGGGGAGAUAACAAAAGAGGAAUUGAUACAGAAAUCUCAUGGCACUUGUCAGGACUGCAAAGUUGGAGGACCCAACCUCUGGGCAUGCUUAGAGAACAGAUGCACAUAUGUUGGCUGUGGUGAAUCCCACGUUGAUCACAGUACCACGCAUUCCCAGGAGACAAAACACUGUCUAACUGUCAACCUGACUACCCUUCGUGUCUGGUGUUAUGCCUGUAGUAAGGAAGUAUUCCUGGAUAGGAAAUUAGGAUCUCAAUCUCCACUACCACAAUCAAGACUGUCUCACCAAGCACAAGAAAAUAGCGUGCAGGAUUUUAAAAUACCUAGUAAUCCCACACUGAAGAUUCCACUAGCAGCUGUGUUUGAUGACUUAGAUAUAGAAGUGGAAGAAGAUGAGUUAAAGACUAGAGGUCUAACAGGAUUAAAAAAUAUUGGAAACACUUGUUACAUGAAUGCGGCUUUACAAGCUCUUUCCAAUUGCCCACCUUUGACGCACUUCUUUCUUGACUGCGGAGGCUUAGCCCGAACAGAUAAGAAACCAGCAAUUUGUAAAAGUUACCUCAAGCUGAUGACAGAACUCUGGCACAAAAGCAGGCCUGGUUCUGUUGUUCCUACUGGUUUAUUUCAAGGAAUUAAAACUGUUAAUCCAACAUUUCGAGGCUAUUCUCAACAGGACGCACAAGAAUUUUUGCGUUGUCUAAUGGAUUUGCUUCAUGAAGAACUUAAAGAGCCAGUUGUAGAACUGGAAGAUGCCCAGCCGAUGAGUGUUGAAGAGAGUAUAGAAGAAGACAAGAACCAGUCAGAUGUAGGCUUUCAGCCCUGUGAAUCCUGUGGUACCUGUGAUAAAACAGAAAGCGAUGCUAUCUUCAAACCUGUCUUAGAAGAUCCUGCAGAGACAACCAUGUUAAUUCAGGAUGAUGAUAACAACUCAAUCACAUCCAAAGAUUGGCAGAAAGAAAAAAUACCAAACAACAAGCUUAAACGAGCAAAUUCUAUGGACGACUUGGAAAAAGACACAAACGCUGCUUCAGAGACCACUGAAUUUUUAAACAAUCAAGGAACUGUCAAAGUACAGAUACACAGCAGAUUCUCAGAGUACAUCAGUGAUGCUCACGUGAAUGAUAUAUCUGCAGCCCAAAUCCCAUCAGCGAAUGAAGGGAUGAACACACGCUUAUCAAACAGUCCUCCAAAAUCGUAUGCAUCAUGCUCUUCACUGGCAUCAGUCCACAAAAAAGUUUCAACUGUAUCGUCACCAAAAAGGAAGAAGCGCAAGAAGUACAGGAGCGUUAUCUCUGAUAUAUUUGAUGGGACUAUAAUAAGCUCAGUACAGUGCUUGACUUGUGAUCGGCUGUCUGUAACCCUGGAGACCUUUCAGGAUCUGUCCUUGCCUAUUCCAGGCAAGGAAGAUCUUGCUAAACUCCAUUCCGCAAGCCAUCAGACAUCUCUGGUCAAGGCAGGGUCAUGCGGAGAAGCGUAUGCCCCGCAGGGAUGGAUAGCUUUUUUCAUGGAAUAUUUCAAAAGAUGUUUCAGGUUUGUUGUCUCAUGUGUUCCUAGCUGGUUUUGGGGUCCAGUUGUAACCUUACAAGAUUGUCUUGCUGCCUUUUUCGCCAGAGAUGAGCUCAAGGGUGAUAACAUGUACAGCUGUGGAAGGUGUAAAAAGUUAAGAAAUGGAGUGAAAUUCUGCAAAGUGCAAAAAUUUCCUGAGAUAUUGUGCAUUCAUCUCAAAAGAUUUAGACAUGAACUUAUGUUUUCGACAAAAAUUGGGACCCAUGUGUCCUUUCCGUUGGAAGGCCUUGAUCUUCAACCUUUCCUUGCGAAGGACAGUCCAGCUCAAAUAGUGACUUAUGAUCUCCUGUCUGUCAUCUGCCAUCACGGAACUGCCAGCAGUGGACACUAUAUAGCUUAUUGUCGCAACAACUUAAAUAAUUUGUGGUAUGAAUUUGAUGACCAGAGUGUCACAGAAGUAUCAGAAUCCACAGUGCAAAAUGCAGAAGCCUAUGUUCUCUUCUACAGAAAGAGCAGUGAAGAAGCACAGAGAGAGAGACGGAGAAUAUCGAGUCUACUGAACAUGAUGGAACCGAGUCUUCUGCAGUUCUAUGUUUCCAGACAGUGGUUAAAUAAAUUCAAGACUUUUGCAGAGCCAGGACCAAUUUCAAAUAAUGACUUUCUCUGUAUGCAUGGAGGUGUUCCUCCACACAAAGCUAACUUCAUAGAGGACCUGGUUGUAAUGCUACCUCAAAAUAUAUGGGAUAAUCUGUACAGCAGGUAUGGAGGAGGACCAGCUGUUAACCAUCUCUAUGUUUGUCACACCUGCCAAAUAGAGUCUGAGAGAAUUGAAAAAAGAAGGAAGAAUGAAUUGGAAAUGUUUAUUCGGCUUAACAGAGCAUUCCAAGAAGAAGAAUCUCCAUCAACAUUUUACUGCAUCAGUAUGCAAUGGUUCAGAGAGUGGGAAGGAUUUGUGAAGGGUAAAGACAGUGAUCCUCCCGGUCCUAUCGACAAUGCUAAGAUCGCAGUAACAAAAUGUGGAAAUGCUGUGCUAAAACAAGGUGCAGAUUCUGGACAAAUAUCUGAAGAAACGUGGAAUUUUCUUCAGUCAAUCUAUGGUGGAGGUCCAGAGAUAAUACUCAGACCACCUGUUCCUCCAGUGGAACCCGAUAUCUUGCAAACAGGGGAGAAGAUUGAAUUAGAAACUCAUGGUCUGUAGCUAUUGAGAAAAAGAUGAACUUGUAAGGAAUCCGGUAUCCUUACAAAGUGCCCAAAAUACAUUCCUAAAAAUGUUGGUCUCUUAUGUCUGUUGGAGGCACACCUCACGGGGCAUUACAUUACCUACAGAAUAGUAAGUUGAAAUACGUAUUACAAUUUGUUUAACUAGAGGCUGUUUCUCUGUUUUGGAAGGCAUGUGGUUUGUACAUUUUGGAGUGUCUGGUCAAUGGGAAAAAAAAUGUAGUUUCUGAACUUUUUGGUAUCAGUCAAAAUCCUGUUAUAUCCUUAGACUUGAAAAACGGGGAGAAAUUUUAGAGAUGUUCAAUAACCCUUCUGAUUCCUGAUUGGGCUUCAUCAUCUGAUAGCUACAAACUUUUACCGGUCUUAAUUGUACAGUCUUGACAAGCCUAGGUGUACGGGGAGUAUAUAUUUUAAAUGGAUCGCAGUCAAUGACAAAAAGGAUCUUAAUUUCUUAAACGCUCAGGAAAAAAAUUCUCACUUAUUUUGCACUGUAAGUAUAUGAAAGGGGUAGACUAUAACAUCCGAAUACUUAUUGUAUUUGAAUGGAUCAAACAUUAGCUUAGAUUGAAUCGUUUUAGUCAGCAAAUGUCAUAACUUAUUACUUACUAAAUUUGACAUCUUAUUAUAUUCUUCUGUAACUCUAUAAACCUGGCUAGUGUCUUUAAUAGUAUAUGUCACAAAAAGAUUUAGUCUUCUCUAAGGUAACGUUUGAGAGCAUGAAGUGUGAAAUGUAAAAUGACUAUGGACAUGAGUGAUACAAAUUUCUGAAAUUUAAUUGUCUUGUCUCUCGGAUUACAUUCAUAAACAGUUCCAUUUGGAAGAGUCUAUUGUAUUGUUAAAAAUGUUCAUUGGCAUGAUGACCUAUAAUGUCAGAAGCUGGAUAAAAUGUAUAUAUUGCAAAACUUUACUGAAUGAUUCAUAUUGGAAUGCAGAAUGGCAAUUGCUCUUGGUUUUGCCUGAUGUUGUUAACAAAUAAGCAGCAUUAUCCAAGGCUGGAUCAAUAAAAAAAAAAAAAAAAAACAAAAAAUUAAACUGUGGAAGGGGGAAAGCUUUCUUAAAUGUUUUUUUAUUUCUCACAUCAAUACAAAACCUUUAGAAGUAAUGCUGUGGUACUGCUCUCGCACACAUAAAAAUGUAUUUCUUGACCACUUCACGUUUAUGCAAUUAUACUAACAGUUCUGGCUUCAAAGUAAGAAAAUGCUGACCUAACAUUCUUCUGAGUAAUUUUAUAUCUAGUAUAAAAUCGAACUGUUUUUGAACUUCUUAAAGCACUUAAAGCCAUUCUGGUUAAAAAGCCAUCUAUGAGAGUCCUAGGGAAAGUGUCCUCUGUCCUCAAGUACUUGCGGAUGUGCUGUGUAGGAGGAGUCAGCUCUGUCUGGAUAUAAAUCUCAGUGUUUUUCCUCUUUUAACUGGAGGCAAAACCACAGCAGUGCAAAUAUGAGGGGGGAUGGACAGCAGUAUGAAGCUGAUGGGUGUGUGGCUGGUGCGUAAGGAAAGCAUUUGUCAAUUUUAACCUGUAUUGCGGGUGACUCUUGGCCGGCCUGUCAAAUUUCUUGAACCUAUAUGUAAGUGUUCUUUAAAUUCCAAGGAGAUGACGGGAUAUCAACAGCUGAGAAGCCUUGCACGUAGCUGGGUGUAAAUGCAAAGAAAUAGUGGGCAGAGACUUGUAGUGUCUGAUGCUGCCUUUGGAUAGUUGUGUAUUGGUAGAUAAGGCAGCUGGAAGUUAAUGACAAGUUACCUUUUUAUGUACAAGGCAAACACAUCAGUUACCACUACAGACUUAAUUUUACUUUAAUCUGUAAGACAACUUGGUUACAAGCAGUCAAUAGAAACUUGCUGACCUGGGCCUGUGGAAGGCUGUUGGAACUUCCCACCUCUAUUUUUUUUGUACUUUCAUCGUAUUAAGGUGACUUAACUCGUUUAAAUUAAACUUUUUUUUUUUUUCCCCUAAGGUUUUAUCCCAUUUAAGCUCUUCUUGAGGUUCUCUAAUAUAUUAAAGCUACGUAACAAUGAAUAAGUCUGCACGCUUCAGGAUGAAUUUUUCCUCCUUGAUAUUUCUUAACUGUAACCUUGGAACUGUUUUCUUGGUUAUAUCACCACAUGGUGAUCAGGUUUAUCAAUUUAUUCAAUGCUUUCAUUAAUAAUCUGGAUGAUGGAACAGACUGCCUCUGUACAACUCGCAAGAGGGCAUGUUUUGAGUGUUAGGGACAUCAGCUGGUCAGGGGAAUGAAGCACCCUAAGUGCUAAGAACUCAGGGUAUUAUAGCAGAUCAAACUAUGGGUUAAAAGCCAGCGAUACCAAACGGAAACCUGUUCUGGGUGAUAGUAAGAAAAGCCUCAGAUGUGAGGCACAGGAGGUAAUUAUUCUGCUCUACUUGGUGCUGUGCUUGUUGCGAGUUCUGAUCUGUACCGUUCCCAAUUUGAGAUGCUGUAUGACAAUAAAUUAAGUUGUCGAGAGAUUAUUGCUGAGAACAACAAGACUUGGCGUUGAAAACAAUGUUGUCCUAUUGCUUAAAAGAAUGCUAAAAAUGCAGGAGUUCCAAUGGGGAAAUAAUUACUGGAUAAUAGUGAACACUUUUCCUAGAUGAGUAAGAAUAUUUGCCUCAGGUUUAGCAAUGGUGACUUGUUCAGAUGCCCUAUUUGAAAUCUUCCUGCAGUUCUGUCGGUCUUUUCCACUGGAUUCUAGGAAUCCGUAGUCAAACAUAAUCCUACACUGCGAUGCACAAAGAUCAGUAACAAGAUACUUCAAACUAGCAGAGUUUGUGAAAUGCCUCUGUCACCAUGGUAAAAGGCAUCUUCGUGCUACAACUGUUUGUCAUGAUUUAAAAAAACCACUCCCGAGUUUACAGAGAUGAAAUAGAUGUGUUUGUGUUCGAGACAGACAGCUCCGAAGGGAUGACUGUCUUGCUUUUAGCCCUUUUGAGAGCUCUACAAAGGGUUUUAUGCCACGGAAAUGGAAGCAGCCUUUUAAAGUAAGACAGUGUGGGAGAACUCCAGAUGGAUGGCUUGUGUAUGCUGGAGGGAAGGCAGCAUUUCAGAGUGGAGGAAAAGGAGAAGCCGUUGCUGUGAAGAGCUGUCUGAUUCGCAGCAAAGAAAGAAUGCAGCUCAGGAAGGGGCUGUGGAAAUUAUUUUUUUCUGUAAGCCUUUCACCAGACUAUUUGGAUUCUUUGCUCAUUUGUUUCCAGUCGAGGAAACACAGCAAUGUGUGUGGGUGCCAGGGAAGCUGUCAUUUCAAGAAAGGAAAAAUCCAGUGGAGUCCUUGUUUUAGGCCUGGGAAUCUAAAUUGGAGCUGUUAAAAGCCUGCUGUUCAGUCUGGAGUUCACUCUUCUGGAGAAAACUGCACGGGGGCGUUGGGAAAGUUUUUUUUGCAAGUAGUAUAGUUAACGGUUCAUCCAAACCCCCAGUGCCAAGGAAAGCGCUUCAGGUACAGUGUGACCGAUGUAGCUGAACAGUAUAAUUAGAGGAAAAAAGAUUAGUGGAAGAGCUGUUGAAUUGCUUAGGAGUAAAAUAAGGGACUUAUAAUAUGUUUCCAAGGUGAGAGCUAAGUAGUCAGACUGUUUAAUAAAGCAAAUAAAAAUGACCUGCUUGUUAGCUGUAAGAUUAUCCCAUGGUAUACUUUAUCUGACUCAAAGACCAGUCUCUUCCUUUCCUGUGAAUCGAACAGGAGGAAAUGAAGGAAGUUCUGAAGACAAUUUGUGAAGCAAAUUCAUUGUUUAACUUGAGCAGUCCAGAAAGCUGUUUCUGCGAGUAUGAUCUAAAUUAGUCCUGUGUCUAGGGACAGAGACAGAAAGAUAAAUGCAUAUAACUUAUUUCUCCAGAGCCUUAGUUGAACUGUGGCUGGAGGCUCUGCAGUGUUUCCUACUGGUUCUAUGUUACGAUGGUCUUGAGUAGACAGAUCCAGUAAAGACUGGGUUUUGUUUUGAAACAGAUGCAUGACACUCAGUUGCCUCCUAUAAUGGGUGUCAGCCUUCCCAUCGGUUGUGGCCUGAAAGUUUGCUAGGGGAGUUAGAGAUGUCGUGCGCUGUUCAAAAGCUGCGUCAAGGUAAGAGGAGAAGGGCAAAAAGCUAUUUUUAUUAAUUCGUAUCAGACAAACUCAGAACCAUUUUGGUAACUUUGCAUAUUUCAUUUGAAUCCUGUUGUCAUAGUCAGCUGUUAAGCUGUCUGAGUGCAGCAAAAAAAUGCUUUAAGGUGUCCUCUAAUAUCUGCUUGACAAGAACUGUAGGGUCAGCUCUCCGGCGAGACACAAGUGUGCGAAAUCUGAAUUCCAGGGAGAACUGACCCACCCGUUGUUUGCAGGCAUCCCUGGCAGAGGUAAAGAGAAUCCUGCAUUUGAAUCUUAGUGCUCUGUCUAGAUACCAUACUGCUACUUGUAAAUCUACUAUGGAACCUAAUUUAUUCAGGGGUUUUUUAUUUAGUUAAUCUCUUUCUUCUCCCUAAAAAUAUCCUAUUUGAUGUGGAAGUUCUAGUACGUAGCUGUGCUUGGGAGUCACAUAGUCAUAUGGGAAUGCUUGCCAUUCUAUAGGAAUUAAUUCUGACCAAGCUCUGCAAGCAGAGGUAUCAGAAAACUGAGGCUAACAAGGAGCGAUGCACUAGUCCCUGCUCUGGAGACUAGGCGAUGACGUACUCUUAGAGGCCUGUCCUUCCAGCAUAGUGCAACUCUUGGUGACAUCAGAAAGAAUUUAUAGUUGGAACCUUUAGGAAAUUUGUAUGGUCCCAUAUUUAUUUUGGUAAAGAAAACCCUGGAGCAGGGUGGAUUCAUGUAGGCAGCUUUUGAGUUGGUGGUGUGUCCCACGGACAGGGGGAUAGCAACACAAAGUGUUAGAAAUGUGUUUGCCUGUAAAACACAUCAUGUGGAUGAAGCAGUUGAAGUUAAAUAUGCUCAUCUGGGCCUGGAUUCUCAGAUUCAGAAUUCGUAUAGUGACUGGCUUUUUCUAACUUAAGAUAUCCAAGGUUUUCCUAAAAGAACUAAAGCCAAGAAGUUUCUUCGUUAGUAUUAUAGGCAUUUAUUUAUAAUGAUACUGCUAACACUGGGGUUUUUUUAAUUGAUAGAUUAUCCUAUUCUCCAUCAUAUUUGGAAAAGCAAACCUGAGAUUUGGAAAAUUUAUAGGAAAACUCACACAUUAUCUGCUGAAAGGGGCAAGUGGUUUCUUCGUAUUUGUCAUACAACUGUUUUAUACUGAACUAAGAAAACUGUGUUCCAUUUAUUCGUUUUGAAUUCCCUACAUACAUCUGGCUUACUGCAGUCUAAGCAGUUUUCUCACUGAAAACCUUUCAGCUCUUCAUUUUGCCCAGGAAAUGAGUAAAACAACUAGGCUUUUUCUUUCUUCCAAACAGAUGGCUUUUCUGGCUUCCCUCUAUACUUAAGCCAUCCAGACCUGACAAUUAGUAGCAGGAAGCAAAAUAAAGAGUUCUAGAGUUCUCAAGUGUUGCAAAGACAGACAGAUCACUUUCGGCGUUAUUUCACAGGAAUUAUCUGGUUGCAAACAAACUCGGUUUGUAUCAGCCUGCAAAAUCUCAGCGGAGUAGAAAAUAGCCUUUUAAAAGGGCUAUUCUCACUAACAGUGAAAAGUCUAACUUUUUUUUCCUUGAAUAUAUGAUAUAUAUAGCUGUUCAAAACAUGUGACUUGUCCUAAAUUAAGAAUAGCUUCAGCCUAGCUUUCAGCCAUUAAACAAGGUGACAAGGUGGGUUUCUUCACACUGUGAACGCUAACACGCAGUAAGAUAAAACAUCAUCUGUUUAUAAUACAUUUAAUAUUACGCAGGUUUGCUUACAAUAGCAAGCUGGCAUUAUUUACUCUGCACAAAAGUUUUCUGUCUCCUAAGUGUGUGUCAGCUUGAGACAUGCAGCUAGAGAAAGAAAGUCCAUUUGCAAGAAACAUCUUGGUGCCCUUUUUUAUAGGUUUUAUGGGUUGUUAGUGGCGCUGCAUGCCAAGUCACAGGAUAAAAAGUUUCCUCAUGGGGGUUGUAGGUGGGUAUCUGUGUGGACAAUCAGGACUUGAGCACUCAAAUAGGACAUUUAUAAGAUGAAUAAGCGGGAAAUUUCAUUUCUGACUUGUUCAAGACUGAGUUGAAUAGCUGAAAGGGUAAAUGACAAGAUCUGGUUGUUGAAAUGAGGAAAUAUAGUUGACACUUACUGAUUACCAUUAUGCAAUGAACUGUCAGUAAAAAAGUAAAGUUGGAAUAAUAAGAAUACACUGGUUGUUUACACGGUUUUGAUAUGCCUUUAUGCAACUGUAGUGAAUCUCAAAUCACUUAUUUUUCUUACUGGUCAUUUGGCCAGCAGCAUGGGAGGUGCAAAAAUAAAGCGACUGCCACCCACAAAAUGUUUUCUUAAUAUAAAUGAAGUUGAGAAGAUUUCGUUUCCAGAUGUGUUCUUCCUUUCUCACUUGGAACUCAGAAAGAAAUAAACAUUAAGAACAGUAAGAUCCAUUUUUGGAACAACUUACUGCAUGAGAAAGUAAAUCUAAAAGUACUUGGAGAAGAAUAAAGAGGGCAGAGGAGAGGAGGCAUUUUAUUCUUACAAGUAAGAAAAAACAGCUCAAAAUAAAUUGUCAACUGUCAAAAAUGAAAAAUGGCAAUUUCUGGCUUUAUCUCACAGGACAAUGCCAAGAACUUUUCCUUUGCAUUGUUUAUGGACAGUUUUGCCCAGAAAUUAAUAUUUUUCUAGGUGACUAAUUUUGUUCGGUCUUCUGUGUUUUUUUAGUGUACAUGCUAAAACAAGCUGUCCUGGUUACCACGGUGACACGUUGCUCCUCCCAUCCCCCCGGGUGUCUGAAAAUGCCAACCAAAGGAGCAGAGAAGCAGCGCUUGCUCACG